AGCACUCGUAUUCCGGUAAGCACGGUGUUGAUUUAUCAAAGAAAAAAAAUUCUUAGCGGUGCCUGUGAGUGAUUUAAAGUGAAACAAUGAGAGUGAUUGUGAUCAUUUUGGCUACACUUGUGGCACAAGGAUACUCCCAGCAGCGAUGGUGCUACAUUUGUGAAAAUUGCAAUGAUCCUUUCAAUAGCGGUGACCACGAACGGCAACAGUGCACCGCGGAUAAUGUCUUUCCACAGCCUGGACCACCUGGGCCAGGACCAACAACCACCCCAGAAGCACCAUUGACAACUACACAACCCACAUUGACCCCGUCAACGGAACCACCUGCAGACACACCACCUCCAGGUCCCCCAGCCGAUGGUACCCCCACAACCACCCUCUUCCCACCAACUCCAGGAGUUGGUCCAGGAGAUGUGCCACUCCUCAGGCGACGACGAAAUGCUUCUCUGCGUCAGGAUCCUUCUGAGGAACCAGCUCCAACGCAGGAAGCCUUCCGCUGCUUCGUUGCACACCGUGAAGUUGCUGGAAAUCGUCAGACACAGAGAGGAUGCACACUUUACAUGGGCGAAGACACUUGCGCUGCUCUUGGGGUUACUGGAGAUAAUUGCCGUGUUUGCAAUAGCGAUGGUUGCAACAGUGGGACAAGAUUCACCUUGUCAAUCUUGACGCUCAUCGCGGCACUUUUCAUCGCAAUUCGACUUCAUUAGGCUGAGAAAAGAAAAAAAAAACUUUGGUGAGACUAUCCAGUCUCUCUUAGAUAGUUCGUUAGGUGACUUUAAUUGCCAAUUAUAUACGCCAACUUUAUGUAUUCAACGUCACAUAUAUAAUAUUGUUUUUUGUAUAAGUUUCUUCUAAGAAUAGCAUGUACAUAUAAUACGAGAUUAAACAAUUUGGUCUCUUUGUGUUAUUUAUUAAGUCAGAAUGUAUCAAAGUUCGCCAUGCAAUUCAGCAAACUUAAAGUGUCUCAUACUCAUUUCUCAUGUAUUCUGCUCAAUAAAUUAAUUAUUGAUCACAAA